UAAAGACAAAUCAUUGUCUAAGAGAAUCGACUCUGCGAGUGCGACCACAGUUUCUUUUUAUUUUUUGUUAGACGGAAAGACAUAUAGAACAGUUUUUUUUUUUUUUUCCCUUGAACGAGGCCAUAUGGGACAGUUUCAAUCACAGUUAUAUUAACUGAAUUGUGUUUGUGGAUUUUUGAUUCCGAAACUAUUGCUCCCCUUCAAAUAUUUUUCCGCCGAAAUACAGAGAUACAAGAGAGUAGAGACAGAGUUUAAAAACUGCCGGACUCUCUCUCUCUCUCUCUCUCUCUCUCUCUCUCCUGCUCUUCGCCUCCAAAAUACAGAGUCUCUGAAAUGGCGACCGUUCUAAACAUAUUUUCAUCCAUUCGAUUACCGAAUAACAUGACCCGACGUCCUACUCCGCCACCAAUUUAUCUCAGUCUCCCUCGUCGGAGGCUCGUCAUCAGAGCAGCGGAAACGGAUGCGAACGAAGUAGCUAAAGCUCCGGCACAAGAAAAGGCACCUUUGGCAGGAGGUUCCAGCUUUAACCAGAUUUUGGGCAUCAAAGGAGCCAAACAAGAGACGGAUAUAUGGAAGAUUCGUGUUCAACUUACAAAGCCUGUUACUUGGCCUCCGUUGGUUUGGGGAGUGGUUUGUGGAGCUGCUGCUUCUGGAAACUUCCACUGGACGGUGGAUGAUGUUGCCAAAUCAUUGGUCUGUAUGAUGAUGUCUGGCCCAUGUCUGACUGGCUAUACACAGACUCUCAAUGAUUGGUACGAUAGAGAGAUAGAUGCUAUUAAUGAACCUUAUCGUCCUAUUCCUUCGGGGGCAAUAUCUGAGAAUGAGGUGAUUACCCAAAUUUGGGUGCUUCUUCUAGGAGGCCUUGGGUUGGCUUAUAUAUUGGAUGUGUGGGCAGGGCAUGAUUUCCCUAUAAUAUUUUACCUUGCUAUAGGCGGGUCCUUGGUAUCUUACAUUUAUUCAGCUCCACCUUUAAAGCUCAAACAGAAUGGAUGGAGUGGAAAUUUUGCUUUGGGAGCAAGUUAUAUAAGUUUGCCAUGGUGGGCUGGUCAAGCUUUGUUUGGAACCCUUACACCUGACAUAAUUGUCCUCACGCUUUUGUACAGCAUAGCUGGGCUAGGUAUAGGCAUUGUAAAUGACUUCAAAAGUGUUGAAGGAGAUAGAGCACUAGGACUUCAGUCAAUUCCUGUGGCUUUUGGUGCGGAGACUGCUAAAUGGAUUUGCGUUGGUGCUAUUGACAUUACUCAGAUAUCCGUGGCUAGUUAUCUUCUAGGGGCUAGUAAACCAUAUUAUGCCCUCGCCCUCCUUGGUUUAAUACUUCCACAAGUCUUUUUCCAGUUCAAAUAUUUUCUCAAGGACCCAGUCAAAUAUGAUGUCAAAUAUCAGGCUAGUGCGCAACCGUUUAUGGUACUGGGCCUUUUGGUGACUGCUUUAGCAACUAGCCAUUGAACAUCACCGGUUUGGCAUGGCCGCAUGGGAGCCAAGGAAAACACGGAAUGGAAAAGCCCGGACGCAGCCCGGCAAGGGGCAGGUGAUAUAUUGCCAUCUGUAAAUUAAGUUUUUUCCAAUGUCUUAUAGACGGAGUAUAUGUUUUGCCUAGCACAAGUACGACCUAGGCAAAAUCACGUUUGUUGUUUUCCUUAAAUUUCCUACAUGUCCUGUAUUUUAUUGCCCCUCACAGUGUGCCCUGUUAUCUUAACAGUGUUCCACAAGAAAGCUGAUUAUUGUAACAAGUUCCAAUAUUAA